AUGUGCGUUGCACCAAUUGAUCAUCAAAGGUGCAGUACAACUUCUCUGCACAAUCACAUGAACUUGGUGUUGUAUGACAUCUCUGCAUCGCUGUCACCUCGCGCUCCUGUACCACAUCUAAGAUCUGAAGCUAGAAUUGUGUCCAUGAUCUCAUAUCUAAACAAUAUUUCGUCCAAAGCCAAAGCUCAGAUUUUUGUGUGGCGCUUAGUUCGAGCCCUUGCAGCCAGUUCACUGUCAGAAGUGAAAUGGCCAAAAGUGAAAUGGUCAGUCACCCCCCAACAGUCAUUGCAUGUCACUGUGAAGGUAAAGGCUGGAAAUUCCGCGCUGACAGUAAUCUUGAAUCGAAAUUCUUGGGGAGAUCAGUUCAACUCGAUCCCGUUGAAUCCUUUAGAGUUUGAUGAGGGAGAGAUCUUGAAGUGGAGAAAGGUGUGCAGUGCAAAUAUUUAUACACAAGCAGUUCGUGUAUAG